CCUUUCCGCCCGUCUUUCCAUGGUUUUUAUGGGGUUUUCUCUCUCCUCUUUUCAGUAAUUAUUUUUUCUCAGGAGAAGUAAAGAAAAAGGCAAGUGAAUCCUUCACCGAUCUGUGGAAAUUCAUCUUUUUUUAUUCUCCUCGGAUUUCACCUCCUGCAAUUGUAAGAGAUUCGGAAUUUUAUUUUAUUUUGGGAUAUUUGCUGGUUUUUUUGUGGAAUUUGGUGAAUUACAGGGCUUGUUUGGGUUACCUAGGGUUUUUUUUUUUCUGAUCGAGAAUACUUGUGAUUUGGGUUAGAUCUGCAAAUUCUCGGUUUCUAGGGUUUUCUAAGCUUUUAAGACUGUAGGAUUUGGUGAAUUUGAGGGUUUUGAUAUGUGAAUUGUUGGAUAUUGGUGGAAUUGGAUUUUGGCGAUCGGCUGGGAAUCAGAUGGUGUAUGUUGCUUUGAUUUUGAUCGAUUGUGCGUUGUUAUCGUGUGUAUGUAUUUGAAUCGGCUGGGAGGGUUGUGAAUUGUGUGGGAAUUGAAGGGAAUGUAGUUUGCUUGUUUCAAAUGGCGUGUGGUUGAAAGAAUUGGUUGAAUUGAGGGUUUUUGUGUUUUCCUCUAUCGGUGGAUUCAUUAGGAUGUUUGAUGAUGAGAAGAUGGAUUUUCAUGAACAUUGAGGCUUUGAGAUUCUGGAGAUUGUAACUGAUGAGCAUUCACUGAAUUCUGGAUUGGGGUGGAUCAGGUUUUAGUUUUUUGGUUUUCUAUCUCUUACAAAUAACGGAUGGUUGGGUAUCUGAUCCAAUUUUGAAGGGUUUCAGCUUUGUAACUGGUGUAACGAAAUUUUGGGUCGUUUGAAUUUUGGGUUAUUUUGGAGGGUUUUAUGUGUGGAAAGGGUAAUGACUGCAGGGACUGAUUUAUCGCGUCCUUUUACUGUAUUAGAUGGUCGAUUCAGUAAUGAUAAUAGGCCACCCAUUGGCGAUGAGAACUCCGAGGCCCUGGAGAGCUUGAAACAGAUGAAUAUCGGGAAACCUCCUCGGCACCUUUCGGUCAUUCGGCAUUGCAUCAGCAGUGCUCAGCUGGUGGCUGAAGAUGAAUUGGAGUUGAAUAUUGAGAAUAUUGGCCCCAAAUCACCAGCAAAUGAGAAGUCUGUGUUUUUACCCAUUUUUCGCUCUGGGAGUUGUUCGGAUAAAGGACCCAAACAGUACAUGGAAGAUGAGCACUUAUGUAUAGAUAAUCUACUUGAACAUCUUGGAGAAGUUGCAAAUUUCCCGUCACCAGGGGCUUUCUAUGGGGUAUUUGAUGGCCAUGGUGGUUCAGAUGCAGCAUCUUUCAUCAGAAAGAACAUUCUUAAGUUUAUUAUUGAGGAUUCUCAUUUCCCCACUUGUGUGGAAAAGGCCAUUAGGAGUGCAUUUGUCAAUGCUGAUCGUGCCUUUGCUGAUACUUGUUAUCUUGACAGCUCCUCGGGCACCACAGCGCUGACUGCCCUUAUUUUCGGAAGGAUCAUGCUAAUCGCCAAUGUUGGCGAUUGCCGAGCCGUGUUGGGAAAACGUGGCAGGGCAAUUGAAUUGUCCAGAGAUCACAAACCCAACUGCACCAGUGAAAGAAUCAGGAUUGAGAAUCUGGGUGGCAUCAUCUACGACGGCUAUCUGAACGGCCAGCUGUCGGUAGCAAGGGCUCUUGGGGAUUGGCACAUGAAGGACCCUAAAGGCUCUGCCUGCCCAUUAAGUGCGGAGCCGGAGUUGCAGGAGACAAUCCUCACAGAGGAAGAUGAGUUUCUGAUAAUCGGCUGCGAUGGUCUAUGGGACGUGAUGAGUAGUCAAGGUGCUGUUACAAUAGCAAGGAAAGAGCUCAUGCUCCACAACGAUCCCGAGAGAUGCUCAAGAGAGCUGGUGAGGGAGGCACUUAGGCGGAACACAUGCGACAAUUUAACGGUCAUCAUCGUAUGUUUCUCCCCAGACCCGCCUCCUCGGAUAGAGAUUGCCAAAUCCCGAGUGCCGAGAAGUAUAUCAGCAGAGAGUCUGAAUUUUCUCAAGGGUGUUUUGAACAGCAAUGUAUGAAGGGAUGUAAAAUGUUUUUUAGUGGUUGGGUUUUAUGUGCUUUACUUCCUUUGGCCACCAAUAAAAGUUCCAGGAGUUGUGAUUA